AGCCGCAAGCCGCAAGACAAUAAACAUCUCGCGCAGUAUCGGUUUUUUUUGGUUUUCUAAAGAGAGAAUAAAAAAAAACAAAAGAUCUAGUCGAUUAUUUACAAUGGUCAUCAUUCCGGGUAUCUGUAGCUUUGCCCUGCUGAUAUUUAUGGCAAUAAGUAGAGCAGAGGAGGCCAAUAUUGUAGUGACCACAACUUUGGGGCCCAUCAGAGGGUUGCAAAUGGAAACUCGUUUGGGAAACAAAUUAUGGUCAUUUCGAGGUAUACGUUAUGCCCAAUCCCCUGAAGGGGAUCUACGUUUUCAAAAUCCCCGGCCAGUACGAGCAUGGAAACCCGCUAUCUUUGAUGCCACUACUGAGGGUCCCAUGUGUCCCCAGAUCACGGAGAAUAGAAGAGUUUUAUUAUCCGAAGAUUGCUUGCGUUUGAAUGUCUUUACACGCAAUGUGGAUGCGGCUAAAGGCUUAAAGCCGGUAGUGGUUUAUUUACAUCCUGGAGGAUUUUAUUUAUUUUCUGCAAUUAGCCUUGAUGCGGGACCACAGAAUUUUUUGGAUCGUGAUAUUGUCUUGGUGACGCUCAACUAUCGUUUGGGCUCUCUGGGAUUUUUGGCUACCGGCACUGAGGAUGCUCCCGGCAAUAUGGGUCUUAAAGAUCAGGUGAUGGCUUUGCAUUGGGUACAACAACACAUUGCAAAGUUUGGUGGUGAUCCAAAUUCGGUUACCCUAUGGGGUUAUAGUGCUGGUGCUAUGAGUGUGGGCCUGCACAUGAUGUCACCCAUGUCAAAGGGACUAUUUCAUCGUGCCAUAACACAAAGUGGCUCGCCAGUGGCACAAUAUCGUUAUAAUAGCAAUCAAAUGCAUUUGGCUCAAAGACAGGCCAGAUUGUUGAGUUGUCCCGUGGAGCCAGUGAGGGAUAUGGUGAAAUGUUUGAGAACGAAACCCAUGUUAGAUUUUGUAGACUCUACCUUUGAUAUGUUUGAGUUCGAAAUGAAUCCUGGUCUUAAUUGGAUGCCAGUAGUUGAGUUACACGGUUGUCAGGAAAGAUUUCUCGUUGAAGAUCCCUACAAAUCUCUGCUCAGAGGAAAUAUACAAAAAAUGCCCUUGAUCACUGGGAUCACAGAGUAUGAAUUUUAUUAUGGAGCUUAUGAUACUCUACGCAAUGCUACCGAACGUCAAAGAUUUAAUGAGAAUUUUGCUAAAUUUGCUCCUAUUUAUUUCUUUUACGAACGCGAUACACCCCGUUCUCAACGUAUCAGUGAGGAGAUACGUUCAUUCUAUUUUCAAAAUACCACUUUGGAAUUCCCUCAGUCUCUGCAGCGAUUUGGUGAAAUGUAUGCCGAUGUUGUGGGAUUUCAAAAUCAUCGAUUUUUGAAUAUGGCAUCGAAACAUAUGCCCGUCUAUUCUUAUCAGUUCACCUAUAAAGGACGUUACAGUACUUUUAGAAAUCCUGAAACUAAUCAAACACAUGGAGCCAUGCAUCUCGAUGAACUAUGGUAUCUAUUAUAUUUACCCGAGGUAACUCCAUUGUUUACACAAAAUGAUCCUGAAAAUGAUACCAUUGAACGUUUAACUCGCAUGUGGUAUGAGUUUGCUAAGAAAAGCGAUCCCAAUCAACCUAUGGACGAAUAUCUGAAGAAUCUUAAAUGGCCUCUCUACAAUGAUCGCAAAAAACCAUACUUGCAAAUUGGCAAUGAAUUGACUGUGAAGCAAAAUGGAAUUUUCCUGGAGCGUAUGAAGCUAUGGGAUCGCCUGUUCCCCAUAGAGGAUAUGAUAAAUAGGAAUUUGUCAAAAGGGGCGUUAUUUCUGAUAUUGACAGGAACUGGUACGAGUGUUAAAGGAUCUCUUCCAAAUUUCUUAAAUUCUGGAUACUGCGAUUCUACUCAAACAGCUACAGUUCGCGUAAUAGUCAACACCUCAACACCACUUUAUCCGAUGAAUUUCGCAAGAAUAAUUUUAAGUGCCUUUCUAUUGACUGCAAUAGAGAAAUGUGUAGCUGCAGAAAGUUUGACCGUGGACACUGCUUUAGGAAUCAUCAAGGGCAUACGCAUGGAGACACGUUUGGGCAAUAAAUUUUGGUCGUUUCGAGGCAUACGUUAUGCCGAAGCCCCUGUGGGGGAAUUACGUUUUCAAAACCCCCAACCUGUGAGACCAUGGCAACCCAACAUCUUUGAUGCCACCCAGGAUGGGCCCAUAUGCCCUCAGGUAACUUCAAAUCGUACUAGGCUUUCGGAGGAUUGUUUGCGUCUAAAUGUUUACACGAAAAGUAUUGGGGGGCAAUCAAAGAACUUAAAACCGGUCUUGGUGUAUCUACAUCCCGGAGGCUUUAGCUUUUCCUCAGCCAUUAGUGAUUACCUCAAUAUUUAAUGACCUCAAUAUUUAAUGGAUCGUGAUGUGGUUUUGGUGACGCUCAAUUAUCGCCUAGCGACUCUGGGCUUUUUGGCCACCGGCACUGAAGAUGCUCCUGGCAAUAUGGCUCUCAAGGAUCAGGUCAUAGCUUUGCGUUGGGUACAAGCACACAUUGAGAAAUUCGGAGGUGAUCCCAAAUCGGUAACACUCUGGGGUUAUAGUGCCGGCAGCAUAAGUGUGGGUUUGCAUAUAUUGUCACCCAUGUCCAAGGGUUUAUUUCAUCGUGCCAUAAUGCAAAGUGGCACACCAUUGGCUCAAUUUCGUUAUGCCAACCAUCAAAUGGUAUUGGCCCAGAGGCAGGCCAAGUUAUUGAAAUGUCCCAUCGAGCCUGUCAAGGAUAUGGUGAAAUGUUUGAAGAACAAACCCAUGCUGGAUUUUGUUGACACCACAGAGGCCAUGUUUGAUUUGGAAUGGGUGCCUGGCCUUAAUUGGAUGCCUGUGGUUGAAACCAGUGGUAGUCAAGAGCGUUUCUUAGUUGAAGAUCCCUACAAGACCAUGUUGGAGGGCAAUAUCAAUAAGGUGCCUUUAAUUGCUGGUGUUACGGAAUAUGAAUUUUACAAUUCGGGAUAUUAUACCCUCCAAAAUAAAACGCAACGUGAACGCUUCAAUCAGGAUUUUGCAAAAUAUUUAGCCAUAUACUUUUUCUACGAACGCGAUACACCCAAAUCGCGGUUCAUAGGCCAGCAGAUGCGUUCAUAUUAUUUGCAAAAUCAGACUUUGGAAUUUCCACAGUCUUUGGGGAGUUUUGCUAAAUUAUUUACCGAUUUGAUGGUUUUCCAAUAUCAUCGUUAUGUCGAAAUGGUAUCGCAGCAUAUACCAGUCUAUACAUAUCUAUUUACCUACAAGGGACGUUACAGCCACUUCAGAGAUCCUGAGACCAAUCAAACUUAUGGAGCCAUGCAUCAUGAUGAACUUUGGUAUUUAUUCUAUGUCCCACAGGCAACACCUUUGUUUAGCAUUACAGAUCCUGAAAAUAAGAUUAUAGAGCGUUUGACACGUCUCUGGCAAGAGUUUGCCAUAAAAGGUGAUCCAAAUAAUCCUUUGGAUCCAUUCUUGAAGGAUCUACAGUGGCCUCUAUACGAUAGCUCAAAAAAGGCUUAUCUAGAAAUUGGCAAUGAGUUGAAAAUCAAACAGCAUGGCAUUUAUCCGGAACGUAUGGAAAUUUGGGAUUGCCUUUUUCCCAUACAGGAAACUCGAAAUACGAAUUUGUAAAUUAUAAUACUUAUAACUCCGUAGUCUAAAUAAAAAUUUAUAAUAAUGUA